ACGAAAUCAUUUGUAAAACGGACAAUGAGUGAAACGGAUUAAAAGCGAGCAUUUUGGGAUCUUUAAAAUCGAUUCGCUUUCGUUUUGUAGGCUUGCGUUGGGUAGAUUCGUGCUUUAUCAUGAGUUUUGCGAUAUGGAUUUUGUCGGUGUUCAUAUUUUCGAUAGCCACUGGCGAAACGCUAGAGCGAGACAGAAGAGCGCUCAUGCUAGGCUGUCAUAAACGAGUUUUCACCUAUCGUGUUUCACAAACGGACAACAAAGGGCGCGAAUGUUGGGACCACGUGAGCGUUUGGUCCUGUCAUGGGCGAUGCGAUUCAAACGAGAUCUCUGAUUGGAGAUUCCCGUACAAGCGGUCACAUCAUCCGGUUUGUAUGCACGCAGGACGAACGAGAUCCGUUGCUACCUUGAGGCACUGUCAUCCUGAUGCAGAUGCAGAGACAAAACUGUACGAGUACAUGGAACCAAAAUCGUGCAGUUGUCAGACAUGUACCAGCAUGGAUACCAGUUGCGAAGGGCCGAAGCAACUUAACACCGAAGCUGUAACCAAAAUUUUCCAAAUCGAAGAGGAAGAGAUAGAAAAUGAAUAUGCUUAAAUCUUGAGCUGAUAUCUUACAAAACAUUUGCAAUGGUGGCCAAUAGUUAUUAUAAUAUUUUGAUUUGUUGUACAUAACGAACCCAUAAGAUAAUAUAACGGGAAAGUAAACAGAGAUGGUACUUGAUGAAAUUUGAUAUCAAAAAGUUGGUGAAGUUAUUCUUUGACGGAAAAUCGAAUGCAAAUAAUAUUAUGUGCAUUUAUUCCAAUAGGAUCGUAGUACUAGCCAUGCAAUGACUCUGUACGCUAAGAAUCGUCUGCGAUGUCUGUUGAAUCAGAAAGAUUAAAUUCCACAAAAGGAAUGUAAUUCCAGGACUUUGCUUUAUUUAUUCAACCGCUAUUCCAACCAUCGGGUCAUUUGCUUUUGGAUACAAGAUAUCUUCUUUCAUUCAUAUAUUCCAUAUCUUUUGAGCCCCAAAUAGUUGUAAAGAACAGUUUUUGUUUUCUCAUAUAGAAAGUCUAUGCGAUCACUGUGUAAACCCAUUUCAGAAGCGAGACCCGGAGCGCCGAGUGUAAUAUACCAUUAGACUCAGUUCGUCGAGAUCGCAAAACGUUGCGAUGAUUAAUGCAAGGGUUGUCGAAAUGUCGUCACUUGCUGUGUUAGUGGCCAACAGAAUGUAAGUUUUUUUUUAAAUUGAGCUGCUUAUGAAGCUUGGCUCUCGAUUUUCGGCAUCGGUUGAAAAGUCGUUUUACUCGCGGAAAUAAAAAUUCUCCGGACUCGUAGAAUUGCCAGUGCCGAUUUAUGUUUUGUAUCAAAUCACUCAUUUUAUAAUUAUUAAUAAUAUGAAUUUUAAUUUUCAGAAAAAUAUUUUCUAUGCAUGGCAAUCCCAUUAUUGAGCACUGGAAUUUUCAGGAAAAUCCAGAGUAGAGCAAUUCCCUAAAUCAACCGUAGUAAAGGUGGUAAAGUUAGGAUCGACUUGCUCGGAUGAAACUUUGCACACAGCUUCAGUAUUACAAACCGUUUGUUUCACAAGGAUGGAAAGAGCAUGAUUAUCCAAUACUGAUUUUUAAAAUAGCGAAUGUAAAAAAAGAUAAAAGAAGUAUUUUGGCCCACUUUAGGAUUGAUUUUAUUUUGGCCCACUUUGUGAAAAUAUGCACCAAAUGAUGUAAUAUCUUUGAAAAACCCUUCCGCAAUAGGUCUUUCAAUGCGAUUAGCUUCAAAUUGAUGCAACAUGGGUUACUUAACAUCGAUUAAAUCCAUCAAGUUUGUUAGGUGGGCCAAAAUAUAUGAAAUGGCAAAAAUAUCCUUUUUACCCUAUUCUUGCAAGAAAAUUUUAGGAACUAAAAAAUAUAAUGUAAUUAGUGUGAAUUAGACGGCGAAGAAUUUAUAGCUGAAACAACUUUCAGGCAUUUGU